UUUUUCCCAAACUCUCGUUAGGAGCAAUUGGAGGGUCUUGAAGAUAUCUUAUAAGGAAGCGACAAUGGAACAUUUAUCAACUAAGAGAUUUCCAGUUAAGCCCGAGGAUUACAAGUUGUAUGAAGAAGUUGGUAAAGGAGUUAGUGCAAGUGUGUGUAGAGCUCUCUGCAUCCCACUUGAUGAGAUUGUUGCCAUCAAAAUUUUGGACUUGGAGAAAUGCAAUAAUGGCUUGGAUGUUAUUCGGCGCGAAGUACAAACAAUGAGUUUGCUGGACCAUCCAAAUCUACUGAAGGCACACUGCUCUUUCACAGCUGGCACAAGCCUUUGGAUUGUGACGCCUUACAUGGCCUGUGGAUCGUGUGUUCACAUAAUGAAAUUUGUUCAUCCAAAUGGUUUUGAGCAGCCUAUCAUUGCAACACUGUUGUUUGGAGUUCUGAAAGCUCUUGUGUAUUUACAUUCCCAUGGGCUUAUUCACAGAGAUGUUAAGGCUGGAAAUAUAUUGGUCGAUUCAAAAGGUUCAGUGAAAUUAGCAGAUUUUGGUGUUUCAGCAAGUUUGUUUGAUAAUGGUGAUAGACGACAUGCAAGAAAUACAUUUGUUGGAACGCCAUGCUGGAUGGCUCCUGAAGUUAUGCAGCAAUUGCAUGGAUACGACUUUAAAGCAGACAUUUGGUCAUUUGGGAUUACAGCUCUUGAACUUGCUCAUGGUCAUGCUCCAUUUUCAAACUAUCCACCAAUGAAGGUUUUACUGAUGACUCUACAAAAUGGACCCCCUGGUCUGGACUAUGAGAGGGACAAGAAGUUUUCAAAGUCCUUUAAAGAGAUAGUAGCUGCUUGCUUAGUAAAGGAUCCGAAGAAGCGCCCUACAGCAGAAAAGCUUUUGAAACAUCGUUUUUUCAAACAUGCACGUUCAAGAGACUAUUUGGUCCAGACCAUUCUUGAUGGCCUUCCUCCACUUGGUGAUCGUUUUAGGAUGUUGAAGGAAAAGGAGGCCGACCUUCUUGCACAAAACAAGGCUAUAUGUGGUGACAAGGAACAAUUAUCACAGCAAGAGUAUAUACGAGGGAUCAGUGCAUGGAAUUUUGAUCUAGAGGAUUUGAAAAAGCAGGCUGCUCUUCUUCAAGAUGAUGACGUUAUUUCCAAUAUGGAAAAUCAAGACUCGAUAAGCAAACAGAAGGGAGGAUUUGAUAACUUACCUGCACAAGAAGAAAGGAAGUUAGUGGAAAGUCCAAAUAAUUCUGAUUCUGAAACAUCUGCAAAAUCCAUGAAGGAUGGGCGUGAUAAUCUUCGGAUUAUUGAUGGUUCCCAAGCUUCAUUUCGUGAGCAACACUUUCAGGCACUUGAGGAUCGCUUGUCACAUCAUCUGGAGGGAGAUAACAGACAAAAUGUGCCGGAAGAAGCCGGCUUCCAAUGCAGGGGCCAGUUUGCGAGAGAGCCGGAUUCUAGUCCUACGGACAUUGCAAACGGUCUCGUCAGUUCAUGUUCUGGGCAAUCUCUAAAUCCUAUAUCCAUCACAACUGCUUCAAUUCUUCCGUCGUUACAAUAUCUAUUGCAGCAAAAUGCCAUGCAAAGGGACCAAAUAAUGAGAUUUACCAGAUAUGUACAACAAACCACUGCGAAAGGUAAUUUUACCGAGUUUGCUGAACCAGUGAGCAACAAUGAGCACAUUCAGAUGUUUGCUGCUUCUGGUAAAGAGAGACUCCUUGAAUCUCAUGUAAUGUGUAUGGAACAACACAACGAGAGACUAGUUAAAGAGUUGCAAAUGCAAAAGAUGGAAACUGCUAAGCUGGAGAAGCAAAUAAGGGCGUUAAUGGACAAGGAGUAGUAGGAUAUUCUUCUGUUAAGCCUACUCUAUCUAGUUAUCUAUAUAUAUGGUGGAUGUUGCUAUAUUUUUUCUCAUGGGGAAUAUGUAUUAUUCUAGAUAGAUAUUAGUAAAAAUUAUUAUACUUGUCUUGUAAAUUAUCAGGAAACAACGUCUUUACACCCCCAACCUAAAGAGGGGAAAAAAAAAAUCUUUUUUAUUGUUGCAUGCCUACUUUUUGGUGGCAUGAGUCAUGAUUUUGCCCAUUAUUAUACUAAACAAUAAACAUUCCAAGU